UUUCAUAUUUAUAGCCGGAAGGCUUUCAUCAAAACCCAAGCGAGAGGAAGAUGCAGUGAGGACAAAAACGACAAAAAGGACAAAAGACAAGUGCGAUUCAUCUGAUUCAAGAACCGAAUAUGCUUUCAUCCUGUAAUUGCACGGUGGGUUAUGAAUAUGAAACAAGCGCUGUGUUACCUUCGCCGAGCUUCAGUCUCCAAUGAGCCAAGGGAACUCGCAACACGCUGCAAAAGUGAGUAAACUAAGCCAGAGGCAGGGGGAACGAAUAUUAACGGGUGGUGAACAUCGAAAAUUCAUCGUGCAAUACUCGCCAGUCAUGGCAGAGAAAACACGUACCGCGAGGGAUAAAAUACAAUUAAGGAAUAUCAACAUCAUUACGGACAUGGACAGUGAUCGGCGGGUGAACUGUGUCAAUGUAAAGCCAGAUAGCUCUUCUGUAAAACCUACGGAAAAAUGUAGGACUUGGAAGAAGGCGAUUAACCGCAAAAUAUCUGCUAGGCUAGAAGCUCCUGAUCAGGCAUUGCUUUCUUUCAGGGAUUUCGACGCAGCUAAGAAAUUUUACAAGCGGAAGAUUAAGAUGUUGUCAAGUGUUGCGUGUGUAAUGGGACUGAUCUCGGCCGUCUUAGCACUGGUGGAUAUUGAACUCACCACGCGCGGGAGAGUCUCUGAGGAAGAGCUAUCACCAGGAGAUUUACGUACGGCUCUUGAUAAUCCGUUCAGACUUGCAGCUGUAGUAGUGAAGUCCGUGUUGUCUGUCUUAUCGCUGUUGACCUCCUUCACAAUUUAUCGCAUGUAUGUGAACGAACUUAGCUACUUAAUUGUCAGGAACAUUUACCACGAGUCAGAGAGAUUUGUUAUGACUUCACUUUUUCCCACCUGUUUGGUAGAAGUGGCUCUUUGUCUGUUUCAUGUUCCUCCUCUGUUAGACUACUAUGGCAUGCCUUAUGAACUUCAGCUUUUGGUUUUCCUAAGAUUAUAUCUCAUGGCAAAAUACGUAAAAGAACACAACAUGUUUGUAGACAAUCAUGCCACAGCAUUGUUCGCAUCUGUGACACAAACGGAGAUCUCGUCCAUUUUCCUGAUAAAAGCCUACUUUUUGAAGUUUCCUUUCAAAAUGGUAUUUACAUUUUACUCCCUCAACAUUUUCUUGGGUGGCUAUUGUGUUUACGUUAUCGACAGGGCCCACAAUACUUAUUUGGACACUGUUUGGAUGCUCGUUGUCACCAUGACAACGCUUGGGUUUGGAGAUGUAGUACCUAAAGCCAUCUUAGCCCGUGCGUUUGUUGGAUUUGCGUCGGUGUUGGGAAUAUUCCUCAUGGCUCUAUUCAUAAGUGUCGUACAUGAAUCCCUUCAACUUAAACAACAGGAGAAAAGAAUACUAGCGACCAUGGAGAAUGCUGAUCACCAUUCGUUGAAAAAGAAUCUUGCAGCCACGUGCAUACAAAACACAUGGAGACUAUAUCACUUUAUACAGGAGAACACAGAAGCCCUCGUGAUGGGAGACUGGUUCAAGUCUCAAAAGCUCAGAAUGUUUCAACACAAACUUGCGGAAAGCGUGCGGCGGUGGAGGAUCGUAAGGAAAAGCUGGUCAAGAGAUGACUAUUGGAAGAAGUUCUUCCUGGCUGACGACAUUGCUAUGUUGCUAACUGACGUGUCAAGGAGUAUCGGGAACGUGGAAGAUUUUCUCCAGAAGCAAAAUGGCGGGCGGCGUACUAGCAGAAACUCGUUGAAAAGCAUUGCAUCUCCACCUACCAUAUUGGAAGAGGAACCGUCCGCGGAGCCAACGCAAAGGGACCAAAACAGAAAAAUGCAGGCAGUAUUGGUCGACUCGUGGCGGCCUUCAAACUUCGGACAAGCUAAUGAAUCCCCAGCCUCGACGAGACGUACACACUCGGACACGGGUCACACCCAUCCGGGACAUCUCCAACACCUCUCAUUAACUUACAGUCCUGACAAUCACACGUCAAAUGGAAAACUGAACGACCUGAGAGAACAUGGGCGGGUCACGCAACUUACUCGUCGGUCACGGUUAGAAAGUGAUCCAAUCGACAGAGGAUAUUUGCCUUCAGACGAUCUUCAGGGAAAAGUAGAAUCACUUGAGAAUUCACUCGAUCAAAUUUAUCGGAAAAUGAAGACCGAGCUCGGAGACGUUAGAGAGUCGAUAAGGAAGAUAAACAGAUAUUCAGCUGGGUCGAGUUAUAGUAUGAGCCCGUCACCGUCCACAAAAAACAAUAACAUGUAUCCCUGUCGAUAUCCACGAACAACUGACCAUGUCGACGUAUGACAGAACAGGGAAGAAAAUAAUAAUCCAGCAGAGAAUAGUUUCAAGUCACGUUCAGUUGCUGAUUUCGUAAAAAAUGCUUCAUUUUGAACAAACCUGGCAAAAGAUAAAACAAUUUGCUGACGAAAAACGCCCAAUUUGAUCACUUUUGUGGACGAUAUUCCCCGUCUUUGUUCUCCAUAAUCGGACAUAUAUGAAAAAGAGAUUACCGUGCGUCACACUGGCGCAGCACAGCUCUUACCCUCUUUCCUAAGUUUCUGUUUUUUUUUUUUAAAUCAAAUGUUUCAUUGUCUGAAAGACUCGAAAUAAGCUGGUAGCCUAAAAGUAAUCUUUGUUCAACAAGAAAAUUUUAUUUUCAGCACAGGAAAAAAUUGGAUUGAGAUCACUAAUGCAAGAAGAGAUAUGAGAGGGGGUAAAGUAGUUUAUAUUUACGUCGUACAUAACGAUAAACUAAAAACAGAGCCAUAGGUAUUAAAGUUUACCAAAUCAAAGUCAUGCAGGCCAUGAGAUUUGAGAGAUUAAUCAUGCCAGGAAAUUACAUACAUUUUUAAGAACAUUUAGAGUAACUGGGAGGAGCUUCCGCGCUAAUAGCUGAGCUAAAGAGGAAAGGAAUGAGUAGAUAGCACAUUUGUCUUUUGAACCCUCCAUUCCUCCAUUCAUUUGCAAUCAGAGAAGGGUCAAGCUACCUUUACUUCUACCUAAUCCAUGUAGUUCGUGCAGAACAUUGAUAAAAUAAUAACAAUACUAAGAGAGAGCAAAAAAGAAAAAAGCAAUUAGAAAUGAUCAAGGAAUUAGUUUGUAAAGAAACUGUGGAGCCAUCUUAGCAGAUGAAACAACGCGUAGUUAAUAACGGUAAAUUCUCAUAUCUUACUUGAAGAGCAGGAGUCUCCGUCAGAAGGGAGUAGAACAUUCUUAGUUCCUUAUAAGGAGAGGAGUACGAAUUGGACACUACCUGGGAAAACGUUUUGACCAGCGACAGGUCGGUGAUCUUUGUGGUUCACCCCAACGUUACCUGUUAAACUGAUCUUGAAACAACCCGAUGUUUUAAGAACUGAAAGUUGUAUGUUACAUAUACUGCCAUUUUUAUUAACUUAAAUAGUUGAAUUGUAUAUAGUAGAGUUUUGUACUGAUAAAACGUUUACAAUCAA